GUAGUGGCCAGGAGCAGGAUUUCGGGCCUCAGGAGGGGCCAGAAUUUGGAUUUGGGGCCCCGAGGCCCUAAACUCCUAGGUCCAGAUGCUAGGUGAGGGCAGGUUAACUGGCAGGGCUGGUUUUUCGGGAUCGGUCGAGGGGAGGGGCUGGGGCCACGUGACUCUCUGAGUCUACCGCCCCCCACCCCCCAUCAUCCCACUUCCCCUUUUCCUUCCUGUACUGGGAUUGGAGCUGCUACCUUCGGGGGUCCCUUAGGGCUGAGAUAGUGGAGGCGCUACCCGAAGGACCAGGGUGAAAGGGGGCCUGAGAAGGACUAAUUCUCUGGGCUGGUCUAGUCCUUGGCCGGGAGGGGCGGGGCAUGCGGCAGUGCCUGGACUGAAGUUUCAGCUACUCCUAGUCGCUGCCUCUGGCUUGCUGCCUCUCGCUUCCCUCUCCUGCCCUUUGUACCCUGCUCCUCUGUCGUGUGUGGGUUCAGCUCUGGGGAGAAGGGGCUUUGGGGGUCUCCAGGAUCAGAAUUCCUGUACUCCAUCCACGCCUCCACUGCAGCCCCUUCGACUCCACCGGGGCCCUGAGGCGGCUGGGGUGGGGCUGUUUGGGCCCCAGUGGGGGAGACCUGGGGUCACCAGCUCCCCUAACCCUUCCUCGCACUCGCUGGUACUAUGCCCUGCCACCACAGGCCCCUGUGUCUGUCUGGGAUGAGGAGGAGGAUGGUGCCGUGUUUACUGUCACAAGCCGCCAAUAUCGACCUCUUGAUCCCUUGGUCCCUAUGCCUCCCCCACGUUCCUCCCGACGGCUCCGAGCUGGCACUCUGGAGGCCCUGGUCAGACACCUACUGGAUACCCGGACAUCAGGGACUGAUGUGACCUUCAUGUCAGCCUUCCUGGCCACCCACAGGGCCUUCACCUCCACGCCUGCCUUGCUAGGGCUUAUGGCUGACAGGCUGGAAGCCCUUGAAUCUCAUCCUCGCGAUGAACUAGAGAGGACAACAGAGGUAGCCAUCUCUGUACUGUCAACCUGGCUGGCCUCUCAUCCUGAGGAUUUUGGCUCUGAGGCCAAGGGUCAGCUUGACCGGCUUGAGAGCUUCUUACUUCAGACAGGGUAUGCAGCAGGGAAGGGUGUUGGGGGGGGCAGCGCUGACCUCAUCCGCAACCUCCGGUCUCGGGUGGACCCCCAGGCCCCCGACCUUCCUAAGCCCCUGGCCCUCCCCGGCGAUCCCCCUGCUGACCCCACGGAUGUCCUGGUGUUCCUCGCUGACCACUUGGCCGAACAGCUGACCCUGCUAGAUGCGGAGCUGUUUCUCAAUUUGAUCCCCUCUCAGUGCCUGGGAGGCCUGUGGGGUCACAGAGACCGGCCAGGACAUUCUCACCUCUGCCCAUCUGUCCGAGCUACUGUCACACAGUUCAACAAGGUGGCAGGGGCAGUGGUUAGUUCUGUCCUGGGGGCUACUUCCACUGGAGAGGGACCUGGGGAGGUGACCAUACGGCCACUCCGUCCCCCCCAGAGGGCCCGGCUCCUGGAGAAGUGGAUCCGCGUGGCAGAGGAGUGCCGGCUGCUCCGAAACUUCUCUUCGGUUUAUGCCGUGGUGUCAGCCCUGCAGUCCAGCCCCAUCCACAGGCUUCGGGCAGCCUGGGGGGAAGCAACCAGGGACAGCCUCAGAGUCUUUUCCAGCCUCUGCCAGAUUUUCUCUGAGGAGGAUAAUUAUUCCCAGAGUCGGGAGCUGCUCGUGCAGGAGGUGAAGCUGCAGUCUCCUCUGGAGCCACACUCCAAGAAGGCCCCGAGGUCUGGCUCCCGGGGUGGGGGUGUGGUCCCAUACCUUGGCACCUUCCUGAAGGACCUUGUGAUGCUGGAUGCAGCCUCCAAGGAUGAGUUGGAGAAUGGAUAUAUCAAUUUUGACAAGCGGAGGAAGGUGAGCGGAGUGCCUGGGCUGGAUGCUGGACUUUCCUAUCCAUGUUCCAGGAAGGGGAGGGGGGAAAGUCAGGGGUCUCUGAGUUUUGGCUCCUGCAGUUUGAGGGCUCCUUCCCAGGAGUUUGCAGUCCUUUCUGAGUUGCGACGGCUCCAGAAUGAAUGUCGUGGCUAUAACCUCCAACCUGACCAUGAUAUCCAGAGGUGGCUACAGGGGCUCCGGCCACUGACAGAGGCUCAGAGCCAUCGUGUAUCCUGUGAGGUGGAGCCACCUGGUUCCAGUGACCCUCCUGCCCCACGGGUGCUUCGGCCAACAUUGGUCAUCUCGCAGUGGACAGAGGUUCUGGGCUCUGUUGGGGUCCCUACCCCGCUUGUGUCCUGUGACCGGCCCAGUAUAGGGGGAGAUGAGGCGCCUACAACUCCUGCCCCUCUGCUGACUCGGCUGGCCCAGCACAUGAAGUGGCCAUCUGUCUCGUCACUAGACUCUGCCCUGGAAAGCAGUCCAUCCCUGCACAGUCCAGCUGACCCCAGCCACCUCUCCCCACCAGCCUCCUCCCCUAGGCCUUCUCGGGGUCACCGCCGCUCAGCCUCCUGUGGCUCCCCGCUGAAUGGGGGUGCAGAAGAGGCCUCCGGGGGAACUGGAUAUGGGGGAGGGGGAUCUGGGCCAGGGGCCUCUGAUUGCCGAAUCAUCCGAGUCCAGAUGGAGCUGGGGGAAGAUGGCAGUGUGUAUAAGAGUAUUUUGGUGACAAGCCAGGACAAGGCUCCAAGUGUCAUCAGUCGUGUCCUUAAGAAAAACAAUCGUGACUCUGCAGUGGCUUCAGAGUAUGAGCUGGUACAGCUGCUACCAGGGGAGCGAGACCUGACUAUCCCAGCUUCGGCUAACGUAUUCUACGCCAUGCGUGGAGCUUCACACGAUUUCCUCCUGCGGCAGCGGCGAAGGUCCUCUACUGCUACACCUGGCGUCACCAGUGGCCCGUCUGCCUCAGGAACUCUUCCGAGUGAGGGAGGAGGGGGCUCCUUUCCCAGGAUCAAGGCCACAGGGAGGAAGAUUGCACGGGCACUGUUCUGAGGAGGAAGCCCCGUUGGCUUACAGAAGUCAUGGUGUUCAUACCAGAUGUGGAUAGCCAUCCUGAAUGGUGGCAGUUAUAUCACAUUAAGACAGAAAUUCAGAAAGGUAGCCAGCCACCCUGGGGCAGUGAAGUGCCACUGGUUUACCAGACAGCUGAGAAAUCCAGCCCUGUGGGAACUGGUGUCUUGUAACCAAGUUGGAUACCUGUGUGUAGCUUCCCACCUUCCAUGAGUGCAGCACACAGGUAGUGCUGGCAAAACGCAUCAGUUUCUGAUUCUUGGCCAUAUCCUAACAUGCAGGGGCCAAGCAAAGGCCUCAAGGUUCUGAGCCCCAGGGCAGAGGAGAAUGGCAAAAAGUAGGUCCUCGCAGCUCUUCUUCCCACUCUGGGGGUUUCUAUCACUGUGACAACACUAAGAUAAUAAACCAAAACACUAUCUGAAUUCUA